AUGUCUUCACCUUCAUAUUACCACGACUACAGCCCUCCUGGAUCUCAAGAUCGCUCCGACCGAGAAAUUCCCUCCGAUGAUCACAAAUUCAAGCGCCGUCGACUCGAAGGAGAUUCCAGCCCUCAGGGAAACAUGGCCAACGCUUCUCGUCCCCCCAACAUUCCGGUGUCAACGUCAGCCUCGCACUAUCCCCACGUCUACGGGCCUCCUGGUGAAUCCUUCACACAUAUGCCGAUGAAUGCUGGUGCUCUCUGGGAGGAGGAUGCCGCUCUCGAAUAUCUUGCGUCCGGAACUGGAUUUGCUCAGGACUUACGUACCGUGGUUCCACCCCUUCCAUAUACCUACAAUCUACAGAGCCUUGCCAUGGGAUCUCGGCCUCCGCGGCUUCCUGAACUCACCAGUCAUCCCGCUCAUCCUCCUUCACGGCAACAUCAAACAAUUCCUUCCGGCUUCCGACCUCUGCCUGAUGACUUUUUCCAGCACGUCCAGCUCGGCAGUUUUUCUGAUGAGCGGCUCCGAGAAUUUGCUGGCCAUAUGACGAAUUCGGCGAGGUACAUGAUGGCAAGCCAAAUCAGCCGAAAUGCCUUUUUCAGCCACGACCAAAAUCGAACCCCUCCCAUACCAAAUCAGGGCACGAACGAAAACCUCCUCCGUAGACGAUCCCCACCAACAGUAGGCCCUUCUGGAAGGCCAACGGUCAUGCUCAUUCUCAGUCGAGCCACAUCAGAGUCGAUUGAAGCUUUAGAUGAGCAUAAGAGAGAAUGUCCGGCCUGCCAACUUGAGUUUGAGCCAGACAAUUUCAUGGCUGUCAUAACCUGCUGUGACACAGCCAUGCACGCCACUUGCCUGUCAGCCUGGGUCAACUCCGGGACAUACAACAAGAGCAGAACAUGCAUGAAAUGCCGUCGAGGUAUUGAUGCGAGACGUGUUUUGAAUAACGUAGUUCCUCCGGUCAGCGAUAAGAAUUGGGAUGAAGUUGCCGAAUUCAAUGCCCCCGAAUCUUUGAAAGGCGAUGCCAAAAUUGAACUCAACGUCAGUGCCCGACCUGACCGUGCGUCCUAUCGACGCAUGAGAGAAUCUUACUAUUCCAAUUUCAGAGCGAGACAACCAGCUCUUCCCCUCCCGGAUCAGGUCAGCGCUGAUGGAAGACGAGCCAUUGCACGAUUGCGACAGGAACAAAUGGUGGAGUCGGAUGAAAUGAGACAUCGAGUUCGAGCAGCCUUCGCUGAAAGCAACAAAGCAUUUGAGGAUGACGAUAUCGCCAAUCGAACGCUCAACGAAGCACGAGAUGAAGUUCAUCGUGGAGUUUCUAUUGAUCUCGGUCCACUGAUUCGACGAUGUGAAGAGACGAAGUUGGCCAAAGAAAAGGCCAAUGAAGCCUACAGAAAGGCUCACAAUGACUCUGAAGCUUUGCAGAGGUCACAUUCACAGCGGUUAGCCAUUGUCAUUGACGGAGCAUUGGCUGGUCGGUAUGGUCUUCCUAGACCUACUGGAGACGAGCUAGCACGAAGUAUAUCUCCUUCUGGAGAGGGCAAUGCCACGGGGUCUGCGUUGUCUGGCUCACCGUGA